GCGUGCGCGGAGGGGAGCUCUUUCUCUCCGCAUUGUGCGGAGAGCAGGUGCUGUCUGCAUUACCAUACAGCUGAGCGCACAAAGAGCCACUGAUUCAGCCUCGCACAAUAACAGACUGCCUUAAUGACAGCCACGCGAACGACACACACCAAACUCACUUUUUACCAAGCAGAGGGAGGCCUGAGGGGAAUACCCAGGAGAGUGGGACCGGACACCAGUGAAGGUGGUGUGUUGGUUGAAAAUCUCCCGGGAGCGGUGAUCGUGGACAACACGGAGACUCUGCGGUGUCUGGGGGUGCCCGGCCGGGAUCGCGAGCCCAAUCCGCACUCUCCGAGGCUCAAUCGCCAGGCUCCACCAGAGUCCCGAGGACUGAACAAACGAGGAGAGCCAAGGCGGCCAGUGUUGGAGACGCCAGAGUCCGGAGGCCGCGUCCUGCGAGCGAGUCUAGCGGUGACCGCGAGUGGGAGGCGCAGGACGCCCAGCGUGCCUAGGGUCUUCGGGCCUGUGGCGGUGGGGCGGUGGGCGACGCGGCCUCAGCUCCAGCUCCCGGAGCAGAGCGAUUCGUCUCCGGGAACGUUUUGCAGGAAUGUAAAUGAGCGGGUUUUGCGCUGGGGGAGGGAGGCGAAGGGGCGAGGGCGGAGGCAGAGAGGACUAGGGGGCGGGGAGUGCAAGAGAUACCGGUCUCGAACACUCUGGGAGCGGCAGCCGCCGCCGAGUGACGCCUGGCCGGGAAACCAGGGCGCGCGCCGCAGUCCUUGCCACCACCGUUCCCACCGCGCCCCUCGGGGCCCCGGAUUAUCGCCUCACCGGUGGGAUUUCCAGACCGCCCGCUCUCUAAUAGGCCUGCGAAGGAAGCCACUGCAAGCUCUCUUGGGAAUUAAGCUGAACAUCUGGGCUCUCUUCCCUCUGUGUCUUCUCUCCUUUCUCCUCUUUCCCUCCGCGAAGAAGCUUAAGACAAAACCAGAAAGCCAGGCGACACUCACCUCUCCGUGGACUGAAAGCCAGAAGAAGAGGAAACCGAAAGUUGUCCUUUCUCAGUGCCUCGCAGAGCUCUUGUCAGGGACCUAUCUGAAGCACCGCACCCUCCUGAAGCGACCUGGCCCUGAUAUCACACCUGGAGCCGAAAGACGCCUUUCCGCCGGUGCUCCUCGGCUCACAUAG